AUGACGGACCCUCAAAAAUUGGCGCCAAAAACUGACAGAAUUGGAACUCCAAUUAGCGAUGAGUCAUCUGAAGAUUCGUUGAGCCAGAUUCGAGGACUAGAAGAGGAUAGAGGAAUCUACCACAACGAAGAAGUCGUGGUUUCGCCAAGAAACGAGUCUGACGACGAUCUUCCAUCUAGAAGAAUCCUUCCGGAUACUGUGUCUGUGGAUCAUAUUGUUGAAGAGGAUAGUGACAUUGUGAUGGGCGACGGUGGUGUGGUGCCGAAUAUGGAGAGACGACGAUCCGUCCGUUUCAGUGGACCUCAAGCUGAGGAAGAAGACGGAAGAAAUAAGCACUUCCGGACUCCAUCUCCUGAAUCUCUUCGUUAUAUCCAGGCUCUCGAAAAUCCAAUGGCUGCCGGUAGUGAGUUUGAGAACGAAUUCAAGGAUUUGACGGAUGAUCCAGUCAUCAAUAUUCGUCGUCCAUCUCAACCACCACCACUCGGUUCGCCACCAGCCUACACCAGUGGUGAUGAAGGGUCCCGUACGCCACCACCAACGGGACCACCAACUAACUACACCGAGGACGAGAUUGCCGUUCUGACUUUCAUCGACGCGUACAAAGCGCAGGAAGUGGAGCUCCGCCCACAAUUGCGUCCAUUCAGUAUUGAGCACAUUCCAGCGAUGGGAGAGGUCGACUUGUUUGUCAAGGUCCCAAGACCAGAUGAUAUUGACGACAACGUUGGUCUCACUCAAAUCGAUGAGCCACCAUGUAACCAAAGUGACGCCACCAUUGUCGAGAUGCAAAUCAGAAGUGCCGUUAAGGAUAUGACAAUUUUGGAUGACGUGGUCCCGGUGAAGGUUUUGGAGAAUGCUGAUGAGAAGCCAGAUCAGAUUAAGAAAUGGAUUGCUGAUGUGAAGCUCCCAACAGCGGAUUUGGAUUGCUCAUUGGAGGAAUACGUCGAUAUAAUGCUCAACGCCGUCGACAUUCCAGUCGGGAAAAGUCGCAUCGAAUCACUUUAUGUCCUUUUUGCGACACUUCAAGAAUUCGAAAGAUCUCAACACUUUAGAAGCAUAGCACAACCAAGAACUACUGAUAAUAAUCGUGGAGAGGGAACGUCUUCCAAUAUUUUGGAGCUUUAA